GGAAAAGAUUUGUUGCUGUUUCAAAAAACUUAAAUAAUAAAAUGAAUACCUACAAGAUUUGUGUUGUGCGAGACUGUCGAAAUACGACCAUUAAUGCUCCAAACAAACUGUUCAUCCACGUUCCGCAAUCCACCAAAUCGUUAGAAAUGCGCAAAAAAUGGUUACAGUUGGGUGGAAGACACUUUUCCGAUUUCUCCACAAAAUCUUCAAUUUAUUUUUGUGAGGAUCAUUUUGAUCUACCAAGAGAUAUGGAGAACUACACGAAAUUCAAAAUCAUGGGUUCAGUCAAGAUACAAAUGAAACCAAAUUGUGUGCCUUCAAAAUUUGCAUGUCUGGAAGAUGCAGCAAUGGAAAAUGCAGGAGUUACUGAGGAAACAUAUUUACCUAGUGAAGAAUGUAGUUCAAAUGAAUUUAGUGUCAAUCAAUCUAUCCUGACCUCUCUUUCGACUUCUGAAGUGGAAGUCACAUCACCAUUUAGAAUUGAAAACUGUAUUGGGGAGCCAUCAUCAUCAGAAUUUUAUUUUAUUGCAGAAGAAAUAUCUGACUUUGAAGGAACACCAAGUGUUCCAAAAGAUUCUACAUCACUAUCUAUGACAUCAGCAGAAUUUAGAAUAACAGACUACAGUGAUCAAGAAAGUCAAUCCAUAAACAUGGAAGAAGAAACCUUACAAAUAAUUAGAAAAAAUAUUGAAAAAGAAUUUGGUCAAAGAUCACUCACAAAUACAUUAGAAAGGAUACAGAAAAACCCUAAGUUUUACAUAGGCAUGUCAAAAGACUAUUUUUUCUUGAUUAACAUUAUUCAUAGAAAUACUAAUAUACCAGAGGAAUACAUUUAUCUUUGUUUACAAAAAAUAAGAUUAAAUAGUACUUUUACCGAGCUUGGUGAUCACUUUGGGAUAUCAAAAUAUUAUGCUUACAAACUGUUUAAAAAACAUGUUGCAGAAAUAGCCAAAGUAUUACAACCAUUUAUAAGAAAUUCAAAGAAAAUUAAAAAUAAUUUACCAAUAGCUUUUAGACAUAAAUAUGACAAAAUUGACUACAUUGUUGACUGCUUUGAAAUAGAAAUUAAAAAACCUAUGAAAGCAAUCCGUCAAGCUCUAAGCUGGUCUGAUUACAAAAACGCUAAUACUACUACUACUUUAAAGUAUUUAAUAAGCAGCACACCAGAUGGUAUAAUUAAUUUUAUAUCUGGAGGUUACAGCGGUAAGAUAAGCGAUGUCACCCUAGUUGAAAAUUGCAAGUUUUUGGAAAAUAUGGAACCAGGAAUCUCAAUAUUGGCUGACAGAAGUUUUAAAAACCUUCAAAACCUUUUCCUCCAAAAGGGAAUAGAAUUGGUGUGGCCACCAAGUGUGGGUUCGAAAUCAAAAUUAACUAAAACAGAAAAGUGUACAACUAAAGAAGUUGCUAGCCUUCAAAUGCACAUGGAAAGAGUCGACAGACGUUUAAGGGAAUUUUCUCUUUUUAAACCUCACUGUGUGAUUGAUACUAAUUUGUAUAAAGUUAUAGAUGAAUGUGUCGUUGUAGCAUGUGCCUUAGUAAAUAUACAGGAUAUUAUUAAAAUCUAGUUAAGAAAA